AUAUUUCGGCUUUCUCUUCCCUUCGUUGUCUCUUCCUCUCCUCACUGUAUAUUAAGAGUGACAGAAGCUAGAUGAUUCAGUUUAGUUAUCUCUAAAUUCCAGUUUCUCUUGAGCUCUAUUCUUCUGUCUGCCCCGCAUAUAUAAUAAUUUAAUCUAUAAAACCCAAAUCCUCUGUUUUCUUUGCUCUGCCUCUCUUUCCUCUCCUACUUACUCAGUUUCAUCAGCCAAACCCAAAACCUCUAAUCUGUGGGUUUCAACUUUUGAUUCUCUGGAAGCUCCAAACCUUCAGUGAUGGGCAAGUCACGCUCACUGCUGGAAUUGAUGUCUAAAGCAGACCUUAAAUUUGAGAAGAAACGCCAGUUUUAUACAAAGGUUAAAGAUACUGUUGCUGCCCUGAGUGCCCAGAAGGCUAUUGGCAAGAAGAAGAAACUUAGAAGCCGACAGAAGAAAUUGAAAGUAUAUGAUCUCUCGACCCUCUCAGAUUUCCUUCCUGAUUUGAAGACCCCGGGGCAACCAACUCCUCCUACAGAUGAGUUGAAGCCAAAUUGUAAAUCUAUGAAAAAGUUAAUCUUGAAGGAAGGAAAACAGCUGAGUACAGUUCUUAAUCAUCCUGCUUUCCAGUUGGAUCCUUUGGCUGCCAUUCAUCAACACCUGCAGAGCACACAACCUGUUCUAGAUGAGAAACCAAAGAAAAAGAAGAAUAAAAAUGGAGGGAGGAAGAAAAAAGCUAAGAAAUCUAAGGCUUCAGAUGGACCUCAAUCUAUGGUUAUGUGAAAUAAACUUUUGUCAAUCUACUUCUAUAAGCCAUAUUUGUUCAGAUCUGAUCCUGAAUCAUUCCAAUACUUACAUUUUGAAUACGAAAUAUAGUCUGAUCAAUGUAAUUUUUUCCCCCUUAGAUCAUUAGCUUUAUCAAUCUGCUUCUAUAAUCCAUAUUCGUGCGUAUCUGAUCCUGAAACAUUCCUAUGCUUACAUUUUGAAUUCGAAAUAUGUUCACCUUGUUAACAAGUCUAUGUGGAUUUGUUUCUUUUCUAUUUUCUAGAACUUGGUCUCAGAAAGGAUUUUCUUUCAAUUAUAGAUUUCCGUGAUUAUUCA